AUGGAGCGUGUCAAGCGACAGAAGCAACGCAAAGUGUUGCUGAUGGGUCGUUCGGGUGCUGGAAAAUCUUCUAUGAGAUCUAUCAUCUUCAGUAAUUACGUUGCCAAAGAUGUACGACGACUGGGCGCCACAGUAGAUGUCGAACACAGUAACAUAAAAUUUAUGGGCAACCUCAUGCUCAAUUUAUGGGACUGUGGUGGGCAAGACUCAUUCGUGGAAUCAUAUCUCACGAAUCAGCGAUCGCAUGUCUUCACCUCUGUGGCGGUCUUGAUCUUUGUUUUCGAUAUCUCUUCGAAAGAUGGAGGGUCCGACAUGGUCAGCUUUGCCUCGACGAUCAGAGCUCUCCACGAGUUCAGUCCGCAAAGCAAGAUCUUCGUACUCGUCCAUAAGAUGGACCUCUUGCCAGUGGACCAGAAGGCUCGAAUCUUUCAGCAAAGAGCCAUCCAUGUCCGAGCCACAUGCGAAGAUGAGGGCUUUCUAGGUCAGCAGGUCGAUUUCUGGGCAACGUCGAUCUGGGACCAGAGUCUCUACCGGGCCUGGACGCAGGUAAUCUACUUCUUGGUACCUAAUGCAUCAGCGAUCGAGAGCAUGUUGCGAAAGCUAGCCGAACUGCUUGAUGCGCGGGAACUCAUUCUAUACGAACGGGCCACAUGCCUUGUCGUAACUCAUAUCACUCGCGGAGGCGAGGGACAGAAUCCAUAUACGGACCGCUUCGAGCGCAUCAGCAGCAUACUGAAAACGCACAAGCAUUCCAUGGCGAGGCAUAGUGGCGUGAUGGCGGCUGAAGUCACCUUCGCUGAGAUGCAGAUCAAGAUGGGAGCAUUCAUGUUUUUCAUCACGCGGCUGACCGAGAACACGAAUCUGGCUGUGGUCAUGCCGAGUGACGAAUCAUCUUUCAAUGCUGCAAGGGUCAAUGUGCAGCUGGCACGACGCGAGUUCGCCCAGCUUGAUAUCGUUGAGAAGAAGGGUAAGGAUUCGCAAACUACAACGGGAGCAAGAUCUGGACUUAGUGGUACAGAUGACAUGGUAGGGAAUGAGGACGGUGAAGGAUCGACAUCAAGUCGUGUCGGUGAACCCUAA